AUAAUAAUACUGAAAAGAAAUAGCUAGCGAUCGCCGAUCCUUCCCAAUUCCGAGCAGAGAAGAGACGAAUUUCACUCCAAAUUGGGUUGCGUUUGCUCUCCCCCCCGUCGGUGGAUCCGUUAAGUUUUUAUUGAUUUAAGUAGUCAAAUCGUUGGAUCGACUGUUUGGAACGAUUUUGGUUACUCCGUUUAGAUCGAUUGGGAGGGGCUGAGUAGAGAGGGGAUUCUGGAGGGAUGGAGCAGAGCAGGAGGGCGGUGGAGGCCUAUUGGAGGUCGAAAUUGAUCGAUGCUGCGACGGCGGAUGAGGAUAAAGUUGCUCCGGUUUACAAAUUGGAAGAGAUUUGCGAUUUGCUGAGGUCGUCGCCGGUCUCUAUCGUUAAGGAAGUCUCCGAAUUUAUCCUUAAGCGCCUCGAUCACAAGUCUCCUAUCGUCAAGCAAAAGGCAUUAAGAGUCAUCAAAUAUGCAGUAGGGAAAUCAGGUGCAGAAUUCAGAAGGGAGAUGCAACGGCAUUCCAUUGCUGUACGGCAGUUAAUUCACUACAAGGGCAAGCCUGAUCCUUUGAAGGGUGAUGCACUGAACAAAGCUGUGCGUGAAACAGCACAGGAAACACUCUCUGCUUUAUUUUCAUCAGAUGAAAGCAAAGCUACACCUAAGGAAAGUAGUCUUGGCAGUCGAAUUCAAGGAUUUGGAAAUACCAACUUUGAAAUGCCCUCAGAUGACAGAAAGUCCUUCAUAAGUGAGGUUGUUGACAUUGGAAGUGCCACAAUUAAACAGGGAUUGAGCAGUCUAACACAGUCACCGUCACUCAGGAAAAAUAAUGACACUGGGACUUACAGAAGUCCUAAUCUUCGGCGAUCCUUGACCAGGGAAGAUGAUUACUCAGACCAAUACGAAGGGGUUGGUUCUUAUACUGAAACCCAAAGCUCUUCUAGAUUCUCAAAAAAUGCUGGUUCUGGAAAUUGGGGACAGGACCUCAAUGCAACACAAGCAGAAACCAGUAAUGGAGAUUUGAGAUCAACAUCGGGUCAGAAGACACGUGAGGAGAGAUUAAUAGAGACAAUUGUAACAUCUGGUGGUGUUCGUUUACAGCCUACUCGGGAUGCACUUCAUGUUUUUAUGGUGGAGGCCUCAAAAUUAAAUGCAAUAUCACUUGGGCAUGCAAUUGAAACAAAACUGAGAUCCCCUAUGUGGCAGGUACGCAUGAAAGCAUUGUGUGUCCUUGAGGCAGUAUUGAGAAAGAAAGACACUGAGCAAUUUUCAGUUAUAUCAUCAUACUUUAGUGACAACAGGGAUGUGGUUGUCCAAUGUUCUGAAUCUCCCCAAGCAUCUCUGCGGGAGAAAGCAAAUAAGGUGUUGAACCUUCUUGGUGAUGGAAAUGGUGGCGGAGGUAUCGUUCGUGAAGAAAAAUUGGUGAAGACUCCUCAGCCUUCAAAUUUACCAGACUUGAUAGACACUGGUGAUUCAGACGACCUUUUUGGAGUGGAAGAUUCAAAAGCAGCAGAAAGUGAAGCAAAAAUUACUGGUGCCAGAACGUCUGCCCCGCUGAUUGAUGACUUAUUUGGAGAUAGUCAUAGCGGUGGUGAGAACCUUGCUGAACAAAAACUUGAUGAUGAUCCUUUUGCAGAUGUAUCCUUUCACAACAGUCAGAAUAAGAACCAUGAUGCUGAUCUCUUUACUGGUAUGUCUGGUGAUCAAUUGGGGGUUACCGAAGCACAAGGGACUGGUCAGAAAACUCAACCAGAACCAUUCGACUUUUUCGGCUCGACUACAGAGGUCUCCCAGGUGCAUGGAAAUACAAAAAAUGAUGUUAAUGACUUGAUGGGUAGUCUGUCUAUAAGCGGAAGUGAUCCAUUUGAAAAGCAAAAUGGAAGCACUGUGAAGGAGCCAGAAAGGGUGGGCUCGGUAUCCAGUGCCUUCCAAGAUAAUACAUCUCCUAACAGCAUCUUGAAUGGUGGAUUUGCUUCUCAAGCUGCCGGGCUUAGCACAAAUCCCGGGUUUCCAAUGGCUUCCAUGGGCUACAACCUGCCACCUGGUUUGAUGUUCAAUCCAGCGCUUGCUUCUAACCCAAUGAAUUAUAAUGCUAUGGGAAAUCUUCUUGCUCAGCAGCAGUUCCUUGCUACCAUGUCUAACUUUCAGCAACUAGGCAAUCUGCAAUCGAAUCCGAACAUAAAUGCUGCUGGCUCUUACAGUGGAAGUACUUCACCAUUUCCUGAUAUUUUUAACCCUGGUAUGGCAAGUCAACCUCCGACUUCACUGAUGAAUGACUCCAAGAGAGAGGACAACAGAGCAUUUGAUUUUAUCUCGGAUCAUCUGGCUGCAGCACGCGACUCAAAACGUGUGAGCUGAUUCUUCAUUGUAUCCGAGCAAACAAUCCCCAAAUGUGUGAAGCCAACAAGCAGCAAUGCCGAUCCAGUCAGUGUAAAGUUUCGCACGGCCGUGGUUCCUAGAAGCUUCUAUUUUUCGUAUUAAAGAACAUGCCUACGCCAUCGUCGUUGCAGCUCGAAAGCAGAAAGAGUUUGUGAACAAUCUUUUUCCUAUAGCAUCCGUGUGAAGUCAAGUUUGAUGAACAGCAUAUGCUUUUAUGCGACUACAUCAUUUUGAAUAUUUUUCCUUAUAAUAAACUCUACUCAGUUCAUCCCAAUUUACAUUGUUGGUUCUUUGUAAUGUUUAGGUUGUCAA